CGGCGCCGGGCCCGGCAGCGAGCGAGCUCUGCGGCCCAUGGGAGCGGGCGGCGCGGCGUGAGCCGGCCGCCGCGGGUGGGCAGGGGGGCAGGCGGGCGGGCAGGCAGACAGGGGGCGGUGGAUCGGCCGGCGGGGCUGCCCCGUUGCUUGCGGCCGCCAUGGAGGUGUGCGAGAGCGGCGGGGAGCAGCCGCCGCUGCUGCACUGGGACCGCAAGCUGAGCGAGCUGUGCGAGCCCGCCGACCCCGACACCUUGCUGUGUCACACGCACUUCACAGAGUUCCUGGAUGAGUUUUCACCCGAUGUCCUAGGCCAGCUCUUGAAUGAUCCCUUCUUGUCUGAGAAGAAUGAAAUAAUGGAGGUGGAACUGUCUCCAGCGUCCCCAGCACCCCUCAUCCAGGCAGAACACAGCUACUCCCUCUGUGGGGACUCUCGACCCCAGUCUCCCUUGACCCACAUCUCGACCGAUGACAACUUUAAUGAAGGUGACCUGGAAAAUGAGGAAUGGUGUCUGGCUACAGAGCUUACUCCAGCAGCAAUAAAGACUGAGCCAGUGUUGUGCGAGACAUCAGGCCUUGCUCCCUCAGUCAGUCUCACUGUCACAGCCACGUCGCUGGAGGGAGAACAACCUGAGCUACAGACAGAUGCCCUGAUGAAACCACUGAGCCAGAAAGUUCUUCCAGAGAUUAAAUUGGAGCCCCAUGAAGUGGAUCAGUUCCUGAACCUCUCUUCUAAGGAAGCAGUGGAUCCCCUGCAUUUGCCUCCAACCCCUCCCAGCAGCCAUGGCAGUGACUCUGAAGGAGGGCAGAGCCCGGCUAGAUCGCUCCCUCCUUCAAGCCCAAUCCAGCUACAAGCCACGGCUAAAAUGACAUCACGCACAGCUUCAGCGCUCUCCAAUUCCCCUCUCCUGACUGCACCACAUAAAUUACAGGGGACUGGCCCACUCAUCCUGACAGAGGAGGAGAAGAGGACGCUGAUAGCAGAGGGGUACCCAAUCCCUACCAAACUGCCCCUGACAAAAGCGGAGGAGAAAGUGCUGAAGAAAAUCCGCAGGAAAAUAAAGAACAAGAUCUCUGCCCAGGAAAGUAGAAGAAAAAAGAAAGAAUACAUGGACAGUCUGGAAAAAAAAGUUGAGACUUGUUCAAAUGAAAAUAGUGAGCUGCGUAAGAAGGUUGAAGUCCUGGAGAAUACUAACAGAACACUUCUGCAGCAGUUGCAGAGACUCCAAGCCAUGGUUGCUGGGAAAGUGUCCCGUUCGUGUAAGGCAGCUAGUACACAGACAGGGACCUGUCUUAUGAUGGUGGUGCUGUGCUUUGCAGUAGUUUUUGGCAGCUUCUCUCAGAGCUAUGGGCCAUAUCCUUCUGCUACAAAAAUGGUGUUGCCCAGGCAGCAUUCCUCGCCAGAGUCCUACACAGACUCCAUUGUGAGGUCAAGGAGUCUGCUAAUUUACGAAGAGCCUCACCAACUGGAGGAGUCAUCAAGCCCAAUCUCCUUUGCAGAUCGCAAUGACAGGCAAGCAGACACCUCCAAGUACACAGCACUGUCCCUGGAAGCCAUGCCAGGGACACAGCAGGAUGAUAUCAUGCAAUUCACAAUAGCCAACGAGACGAGGCUAGAGAAAUCGGUGCUGCUGGGCCUGCAGCAGCACAGAGUCAACUCGGAACUAGAAGGAAAUGAAACACUGAAGAUAAUUGAAAUAGAUAGAAGAGUCAAUGCCACCUCUUAAAAAUAAAAAAGGCCUUUUUUCUUGCCUUCCCUCUUUCCCACGUAUUUUCAACCAAAGUCCCCCUGACUUGUCAUCCUCAGUGAACCAAAGCACAAAAGAGAGGGAGUUCAACUUCCGCAUUGACUGGUGAGGCUGUGACUGCAGAUGGGAUAUCUUGUCUUUGUAACUCCCUUCCUCACUUCACACACAGUCCCUGUCUUUGCUUUUAUUCCUUUCCUGUCUAAUACUGCAAGGACAGGAUUGAAUUAUGAUGGCAGAUGACACCAGCAGUGUGCCGGUGACUGGUGGGGGUGUGUGUGUGUGUGUGUGCACACAUCCUAAUCUGAGCACAAAGACAUUCUGUAGAAGAGUGAAAUAUGCAAAACUGAUAGGAGCAUGUGGGUGAUAGGUUUCUUGGGAGAAGGUAUUUGAGAGAAAGAGGAGAUGCAGCAUGAUGCUGCUCAGAAUCUAGCCACAGCUCCAUGCCUACUGGUCUACAGCACUUGAGCCUUUUGGGGGGAUUGAGAAGCAUGUGUGUAGCCUGCUUCUGAAGGGACUAGAAAGGGCCCUGACACUGCUGAGUUAACAGCACAGGCAGGAGAGGGAAGGGCAAUGAUGCUACUGAAUUGUCCUCCUCUUGAUCUUUCUCUUCUCCCCUCCAGCCUCUUUAUCACUUAGUGGGGUAUCAUUUUCUGGGUUGAAAGCAGUCCUGGUAAGCUUCCCUACUGCUUCAACCCUUGUGGAAUUCAAGCAAAGAUCAGUCGCUGUCUUGUCACACUUUGUGUGGGAGAAUUAUGCUAGUUUAACUAAAUCUGUUUAAAAAGCAGGUUUUGUUAAAUUUAUGCAAUGUUUUGGAUGGAUGUCCUUUAGUCUGCUUAAGUCUGAUCUGUUUAGUUUAAAUCAGUUCCUUCCUAACAAACUAAAUCAAUGUAAGGCUUAAACCAGAAGUGCCUCCUGAGAGGACCAUAUGGAUUUAAUUUAUUGGCUUCUAGAUGCAUUGAUGGAAUUUCUUAUGGAGACCCGGUCUCAGACUGUCUUGUGUUUUCCUUUCCUUGCCAUCUUCCUGUUACUACUGUAAAUAGUAUUUAUUAGCUUUGCAAGAUUUUGUUCAGGCAGUCGCAAUGAAGAGAACUGAGCUUCCCUAACCCUGCAAGUGGUCUGGGCAGACUCUGAAAUCGGACACACAAAUAUCACUGAACACCCAUUCCCUCCCUUCAGACUUGAAUUGCCCUAAAUAAAGCCAUGUGUCUUAUCUUCCUCUUACCUCCUUUUCCAGAGAUGUGAUCUUAGACCAGCUGCUUAGCCAAAAAGAUAGGGUUAUAGGUAGCCUCAGCUAGGCACGGUUCAGGCCUGGAGGUGGUAGAUACUGUAUUAACUCUAUGGCAAGACAGCCUCUGACCUGAAGAGUUGCGUUUGUAGGCAGGAGAUAAGGCAAAAGAGGGAUGAGAUGGGCACAUAGGGAGGUGAAGUGACUGGACCAAGUUCAGUGGAAAAGCCAAGAGCAGUAUUCAGGUCUGAUCCUGGUCCAGUACUUUUCUCCCUGCUUUGUUUCCUCCUUGUCUCAUGUAGCUGUUGCCUUUAAGGGUUCUCCCUCUCUUACUACCCUGGUCACGCCUUUGCCCGAGCUGUGCUUCUUGCAAUUUGUCCUUGCAGUGGCACAGUCGAACCUACCCCAGGAUUUGAGCAGGGUUUUAUCUGGUUACUACAGAAGGGCACUCAGACUCUACUGAGGAUGGAUUUAAUAUGAAAAUCCUCAUUCAGCAGGCUAGCAUAGCUACUUUACAGUUUACCAGAAGAAGUCAAUUUUUAAAAAGGAUAAAGAAUUUUGAAGCUCUUUUUUUUUUAUUAUUUUUUUCCUAAUGAUAAAUAAGGGAAAAACUUAACCUAGCCUUACAAGUAAUUUUUUACCAUGUACAGUAGAUAUUUCCUGCAAGUAUUCUAUUUUGUAAAAUAUUGGAUUUGUAUUUUAUUACAGCAGCUGCCACACCAGCUCCUUUAUUGUUCUUCAUUCUCCUUUGACUUUCUUCCUUCAAUAUCCUAUUUGCCACCCUCAGGCCUGACUCAAAACUCAGUGAAAUGAACGGAAAGAAUUCGAUGAAUUACAGGGAGCUGUGGAUCAGUCCCCACUGUGCCAUUUUAAGGUGUUUCACAUUAGUGACAGUGAAACAUGUGCCUGACUCCAUGAGCUGGUAAUGAGUUUUGGUGUACAGACGUGCUUUCUAGGUAAUGCCCUAUUCUUAUAUGUAAGUGCCUUUUUAUUAUUUUAUCUUUGGUGGCAAUGAGAGGAGAAAUGCUGUUGUAGUCUAUUUUGCAAGUGUUCCCUUCUUCUUGGCAUGGGUCAGCCUCUUCCCUAAAGUCUCUUUCCCUUCACAGUGAUCCUGCUGGGUCCUCUGAAUCAUUCCAGUAUCCACCCACAACUUUUGUAUGAUUUUUUUUUUUUAACAAUUUAAGGCUUCACAUAAAUAAUGAACACUGGUGGGUGCCACAAGGGAUGGCUGCAUUCCGUAGCCACAUGAGGUCAGCAAAGUGACAGGACAAAACUGGGACUGACCGUUCCAUUACCGUAUGGCUAGGCAUUGUAAGUGGGCAAGGUCAUAGCUUAGAAAGUUCCUUAAAAGGUCUUUUUUUUCAGAGAACCCGUGGUUUGUCACCUCUGAGGACAACCGAAUGGUUAAGUCUUCUGCAAAAGAGGCCCCCAGCUGCGGAGCAUAACCUUGCUCUUACUAGUCUUGCAGCUUGCACUGUGCAUAAGCAGGAGACUGCUCUGCCUGAGCUCAUGCCUAUUACCAGUUAAAUGGAUCACCUCCCAUUGCAGAUAAAGCUGACUUCACUGUAUUAAAACCAAAAUUGAAUUAUUUCUCAAUACUUAGACAGACGAUUUCACAAAACCCAAACAACCCCCCUCUCUGAAACCUACUGCACUAGUCACCAUUAAAGCUUUGCCCUUUUGUUUGUUUAAUUUGGGCAUGUCAGUUCAAAUCUGAUCGGGAGAUAGUCAUGUUUUCAUCUGGAGCAUUUUAAACUGGCCACGGUCAGGGUCAGGCCUCUAAACUAAUUCAUCCAAGCCAUUAUGGCCAUACCAAUUUUCUUGUAAAUGUUUGAUAAUCUAUUGCUAUAAUCUUAGUUUGUGUAAUCCUUUAAGUUAUUUUUAGGUACUCUUUUGGGGAAUCUCUUGACCUAGCACACACAUUGCUUGGGGAUUUAUUAUAUUAAAUAUUACUUCUUUAUAAUAAGGAAAACCUUUGCUUUACUUUGGUAUGUUUGUGAUCAUUUUUAUUCGGGGGCCUUAAUAGAAUAGGUUUCUCUGCUAGAUACUAGGGGCCAAAGAAUCUCCUGUCAUCACCUACCCACAGGCUGUUAUGCGACAAGGACCUCACUAUCUCCAGAGGCAGUUUAUUGCCCGUGUUACGUACCUAGCAGGGGGACAGAGGAGGCAGGACACAUCCAAUUGCACUGCCAGCCUUAGCAGUCCAGGGGUGACCCAAGUGUGAAUGUUGAUGCACAGCAGACCACAUGGAGAGGCAGCUGUAUGUGCUCUGUGUUAAGGGCAUAGGGAAGGAGUAGUAAGGUGUAUUCAGGGAGGAUGCCAGUAUAAGUGCUUUUAAUUAGCUCAGCUAUAUUACUUGAGGUCUUAGCCUUCUGCCAGUAUACUUUUUCCAGUGAUGAGUGACUCGGUGCUGUAGAAUAAUAUUGUGUGUGUGGACAGGGUAGGCUAAGGCCUUAAUGUGCUACUUAAUUUCCAUUUCCACUAGAGGACUUAAGUGAUCCAUAGAGUCUUCAGCUGUAACAUUAUGCUGGUUGUCAGGACAAUUUUAUACACACUAGUAAACUUACCUUUUGGCCUAUAGCUUUAAAGCAUGUCUAGAUCUGUCAGGUCUUUGCUUCUAGGGAGAUAAGCUACAAAAGAAUGUAGGGCAUUAUUUUUUUAUAUAUAUAUAUUUUAAAAGUAUCAAGCACAGGGCAUGUGACAGUUCUAACCUUGUUACCAGUGUGUAGAUAAUGUUGGGGGUUUUUUUCCCAGGCUAUUUAUAGUUCUUUGCUGCAUUUCUCUUAUUUCAUCUGUACCAUUCAAUAUUUUUCAGCAGCACAGACUAAUAAUGGAUUAGGCUGAGGUUCUUAGGCCAGAUCCUAGCUGAUACAACGCAGCACGCUUCAUACUUAAUGCUUUUGGAGGCUGCAGGUCUGAUUUAUACUGGCAGGGGGCCUCUUCCAUAUCUCUCUGUGUAACAAUGUGUCUCAGUGUAUUCUUGAUUUUUCUAACAUAGAGCUGAAAAUGAAUAUAAAAACUUUUCUUCUUUGUUUUUUUUCCUGCUAAAAAAACCAACCCACCUGUCUGCUCCCAUCCCCCCAAACUAUCAGCGGUGAAUUCUGUCUAGACGCAUUUAGAAUGUAGGUCAAGUAAAUGAAUGAUACUAAUUGCUAUGUUGGGAGGGAUUUCCACUGAGUAUUUGGGCUCUAGAUUCUAGCUAAUGCCAAGAGGCCAUUGUACAAAACCCACGCAGCUAAGAACAGAAGUAUAUGGAGUAUUUUUAUACUCUUGGUGACUAAAAUAUUUCUUUCUCAAGUCACUAAUUAGAAAGGGAACAUUUUGUAUUCUGAAGGUGAAAUGGUAGGUCAGUACUUUGCAACUACAAAAGUUAUACUUGCCUAUGUAAGUAGUGUAGUGCUAUGCUGUGUUGCUGCUUUGCACUAUAGUGUUAAGGAUAAACAACUUUGGGGAUUGCAAAGAUGAAUGAACUGGCUUACGUGUUAAGGUCUUUACAAAUAAGAUGUAAGGAUUCAAUCAAUGGGCCAGGAUAUUGUAGCUUUCUCAUGGCCAAUAAAAUGACAGUGGGCAUUCAGGGAUUUGUUGAGGGUGUGAUCUCAUUUACUACUGCAUUGCUUAGGUGAUCAGCAUCCAUUGGAGACUCCCAAGAUUGAGAGGGAAAUUGCCAUUUGUUUUUGUGGUUGUCACGUCAGGCCUUUUUCUGCUUUACCAAGGCAUAUAACUGAACAGGCUUCCAACAUAGAAAAGAGUGCAUCUCGCAGGAAACUCUGAUUUGUGAUGCUAAAAUGGAGUUUCAAUAUUUUUUAUUACCAGUAGUCUCUUCUCUGCCCUAAAGCCCAUCUCCAUACUCUUCCUUUAAGAGUCAGAACUGAAUAGGUGAGAACAAAACAUGGGAAAGCUGGAUUUGCAGACCUGUCUUACAGAAGAGAUGAAAGAAAUGGCCAAUGAGGGGACUCCUGACAUCACAGGGAAAAUUCCUAGUUCUUGAUUCAAUAAAUCAGCAAUGAUAGUCUCUUUCAUUAGUUCCCCCCUUGUUUUAGCUUUGCUCUUCCCCUUGCUCUUUCAUACUAUGUGGUCCUGUUUAUGCAUAUUUGACCUUUAUGGUAUAUGCCAUUUUUCCUUCCAACCAGCAGGUAGAAAUCUUGUUGAACUUUAGCAGCCCAUAAUUAAGGGAGUGGAGAGGAGAGGGGGAAGCAGAGGCAAGUAAUCAAUUUCUUUUAACAGAACUCUGCUCGUGUCUGACUUUGCCAUAUCAGAUUUUAAUUCAAUGGUGCUGAUGUAACAGCAUCUUGCUUUCUUCAUUUGUACAGUUAGCAAGAACGAGUGUGAGCGUGUGUGUAUCUGUGCACGUGUUCAUGGUGAGCAAUUAAAAAAAUACCCGCAGAGUUGUUUUUUUAAUGUAGUAAGCAUCACUAAAUAAAGGCAUCUACCUGAACACACAGGGCACAUUCCACUUGGUGCAACAGAAAGUCCAGGUGUUUCUGAAGCCUGUUCACAUUCCACAUCACCGAGCACGUGUAAAACUGUAGUGUGAAUUGCUGUAUGAAGUCUGUCCUAUUAGCAAUUUUCAACUGAAAGUUGUUGCACUGUGUCUUUGUGUGUGUAUGCAUAAAUUGUCUGGCCUUUCUGUAGAACAGUUCUGGGUUGGUACAAAAAAAAGUAAUUACUUUAGGUUUUAUUGUAUCUUUGGGUGUCACUUUUGUCCUGCAGAAUUAUGUCUUCGAAUGCUUUUUUUUUUUUUUCUUCUUAAAUGGUGUAAGGUAGCCUUAAAAAGUGGCCCCUGGGAGCUGACAGCUCAAGGAACACAGUUUGUUGAGCUGGUCUUCUGGGAGAGGACCUAAAGAUCUCUCCUUCCCCUGGAGCCCUGCUACCCUAACCACCCCAGGGAUGCAGUAAGAUGCCAGGGAGGGGAAACAGUUUGCUCUCCGAGGGCCAGGCCGUGAUGUAAGUACAUCACAGUUUCCCUGAGAUUUGCUGGGCCUUCCAAGAGUAAAUUACCUGGUGUUACCCUCUUGAAGAGAAAUACACGUCCAGGGCCACAGCCAUUGCCUUGGACUGUGCAAAACAGUACCUUGUGACUCUGAGUCACUCUGCGUGUGACACCCCUAAGGCAUUUCAGCUGAUCUUUCCCUCCGUUCAUGUGGAUACAGUAUGAACUUGUGCAAACAUUUAAAACUAUCUAAGAUGAAAAGGACAGUGCAAAAGCACAUCCCCCUGAACUCCUUGGUAAACUGCAUUGGGGCCUCUUCUGACUGCAGAUGUCUCUGUUCUUUUGCCAUAAGUCUGUUUAACUCUGUGUAAGUGUGUUCAAUGGCCUCUCUCUUUUUGUACAAGCGCAGUCAUCUGGAUACGGUCCCACCUGAUUGUUCACACUGCAAACAUGUCCAUUGGGUGGAAAGAAAUUGCUGUUUUUCCUUUUUAAAUCUUCUGCUUGAUUCUACGAAAGAACAGACUACUUGUUUUUGUAGCCUAAACAUGUAUGUAGCUAAGUAUGUUAUGCUUUUCAUUUCUUGCAAAUAAAUAUUUUCUGUAGAAAAAGCAA